CACGAAGAGAAAAUAAACACACGUCCCUCCUCUCUGCACACCCUCCUCAUCUGCUUUCACUCCACCCAUUGACCCAUCCACCCAUUCAGCUCAAGCACAAUGUCAGGCAGAUCUUCACGGCCAAGAAGGAAACCCCGCAAGGCGGUGAAUAUCAAUAACGCGCAUUAUGUCGGAUAUGUUGAAGAGAACGAGUCCAUCGAGGCAAUCAUGAAAAAGUUCGAGGAGCUGGCCCGCAUGGAAGAAGAAUUUGCAAAGUCCAAGGCUGUCGACAGUUCGUCUAGUGCUGGCGACGCAGCAUUAGGAUCAGGGUCAGGGUCAGGAUCAGGAUCAAGAUCAGGAGAGAUUGAAUUGCCCACGGAUACCGAUGGCGAACUUCUCCUCGGGGUUGAAAAAGUGCAGAACAAACCAAACGAAGAUUCAGGGUUUACGGAUGAGCAGCUUCAGGAGAUCUUUCGACGGACCUCGGGCUUCACUGUCCGGUCCAUGCUCAGGGAUACACCCGAGGAUAUUUAUGAGGAGGAUCUGUGGCAGGCCAAUAUUGCGGACGAAGACUAUCUCUACGACUUUGAGGAGGAGGACGACUACUUGAUGGCGAUGGACGACCACUUUUGGGAUGAAGAAAUUGGCAUUUCGCGGAAGCGGGGUCGCAAGGAGAAGGAGCCACGUCCACCUCGGCCACCUAAGGAGCCCAAAAUCAAGGGUGAACGGAGACGGGGCAUGGCGGCCGAUCGGGAGACGAUUUUACAGAGAUACAAAGUCAUGCAGGUUCGUCUGCAGGACCGGAAUGGCGUCUUUUAUACUGUCAAGAAAAAGAUCUCGACCAUAGACCCAAGUCUACCGACCUAUGUGCGUAUCCCACCCGUACCUAUUCCUCGAUCGUGGAUCCAACCAAUGCUCACCUUGGAAAAGCAGAAGCUGCAAAGGGAUAUUUCUGGCUCUAGAUAUGAGGAGACGACAAAUAUACUGGAUAUGGAUCUGACGCAAUUCGGGACGGACUAUCAGGCCAUCUAUAUGGAUCCACCACUCUUGAGGGAGGGAGAAGAACCAGGACCCAACAAGAUCACGAUAGAGCAACUAGGAACUAUUGACAUCAAUGCGAUCUUACCUAAGGGAUUCCUGUUUGUGUGGCUCGAAAAGAAAUUCUUACCAGACAUGGUGCAACUGGCAGAAAGGUGGAAGCUGCGCUAUGUGGAGAAUUUCUGUUGGAUCAAGACCAACGUCAACAAUCAGAUUGUGUGCGAAAAGUCAGCCUACUUCAACUCUUCCAAGCUGUCAUUGUUGAUCUUCCGCAAGGAAGGUGAAAUCGAUAUCAGGCAUCAGAGGAGUGCAGAUUGUGUGUUUGACUUUAUCAAACCCGGCAAUCCUUCAGAGUUGUCAGAAGAGAAGCCCGCGUUUAUGUAUGAUCUCAUUGAGACGCUACUGCCACAAGCCGUGCAUUCUGAAAGCAAUCCCAACGGCGACAAAAUGAUGGAGCUGUGGGCCCGGAGAGGCACGCGGCGCAAGGGCUGGACCUCGAUCUGUCAGUUGAAGGCAUAGCGGUGUUGGAGAACCUUUUUCAUACUUUACUAAUAAAAACAACACCUCUACACAAUAGAGUCAUAGAAUAGCAAUCAAAG